GUGUCCGUCUGAUGGAUGCUUAGGAAUCAUAGUCUGAUUUCUAGCUGUGUAAAGAAAAACAGCCCGAGUAACAAGCCAAGUCAACAGAUCGGGUCACUGUCGAACCGUUGGCCUUCCCGUCGCAACGCCGUUCUCCUUUCCUUCCCCCACCAACCAGUCGAGAUUCAAUUAACUCAUCUCCCAGGCGACACAACGCCGACGAGGAGGUCGAGGCGGCGCCGAUGGGUCUGGUGGAGGUACCGCCGGAGGAGACCAACCGUUGCGUGCGCGGGUGCUGCCGUAGCGACGCCAUCCCGCUCCACCUCCCCGCCGCGUCCUUCUCCCUUCUCUCCCCCAUCGCCCGAGGGUCGGAGAGCACGGUGUACGAGGCGCGAUUGGGGGGCGAGCGUGCGGCGGCGAAGAAGCCUGUGUUGUCCACUUCCGACGACCUCGAUAAGUUCCAUUACCAGCUCCAGCUUCUAUGGUCGUGAGCUGGAUCAUCCAGGGUUGGCAAAACUCAUUGCAGCACAUGCACGUCCUCCAAAUUACUUGAUGUUCUUUGAAUUCUUUGAGCCUCCAAACUUAGCAGAUAAGAUACAUGUUGAGGAGUGGAGCCCUUCUAUCCAGCAAGUGGUCAUGAUUGCCAGCUAUCUAGCAAAGACUCUCCAAUACCUACAAAUCUUCGGGAUAGUACACAGAGAUAUAAAACCAGCAAAUAUUUUGCUAGAUAAAGACCUCCUUCCACAUCUCGCAGAUUUUGGCUUGGCUAUGUACCAGAAGGAUAUUAAAAGUGUUUCAGCUGUGAACUGGAAAUCAUCUGGCAAGCCUACCGGUGGUUUCUAUAAAAAGAAUAUGGUUGGGACACUAAUUUACAUGGCACCAGAAAUUUUGAGAAAGGGUCUACAUACAGAAAAAUCCGAUGUUUAUAGCUUUGCAAUAUCAAUAAACGAGCUUCUUACUGGUGUUGUGCCUUACACAGAUCUGCGAGCUGAAGCACAGGCACACACCGUUCUUGAAAUGACUUACACUGAACAGCAACUUACAUCAGCUGUUGUUUCUCAAGGGUUGCGCCCUGCUCUAGCCCUUCUAGAGUCUGGCUCUCCACCAAGUCUCUUGUCACUUAUUCAGCGCAGCUGGGAUUCUGAUCCUGAACGGAGACCAUCAUUUGGAGAUAUAAUUGAAGAGUUAAAUGUAAUACAGAAGCAUUUAGUUACAUAUUCUUGCCCUCUAUCAUCUGGUUCAAUGGACAUGAGUCAAAACAGCAAGGCAGAAGCACACCAUUAUCAAGAAGCAUUAAACUGGUUUAAACAAGGGGAACUGUUAACAAAGAAAGCAAACAAAUUAGACUACGCAGUGAAUCCUUGGUCUGGUUCAUUUGAUCAGUCCUCUCUCUCCGUGUAUCAUCCAACUUUGAGCUGGGGAUCUUUUGCAACAUGUGGACGAAGAGAAACAAUGGAAGAUACUCAUUUUAUGCUUCCCUGCAUGUCUGAAGAAAAAGACGUGCAUUCCUUUGGCAUUUUUGAUGGACACAGAGGUGCGGCAGCUGCUGAGUUUUCUGUCCGAGCAGUUCCUGGAUUUCUCAAGCAAUUUGGACACACUGCCAGCCCAAUUGAUGCCCUUUCAGAAGCAUUUGUAAGGAGUGACACAGCAUUUAGAGAAGAGUUAAUUGUUCACCAAAAGUCAAAAAGGAUAAUCCAGAAGGACUGGCAUCCUGGUUGCACGGCAGUGACAGCAUUGAUAGUGAGAAACAAACUUUUUGUAGCAAAUGCUGGUGACUGCCGAGCAAUUCUUAGCCGUGCUGGCAAACCAUUUCCCAUGACUAGGGAUCAUAUUGCUAGUUGCCCCAAGGAAAGAGAGCGUGUUGUAAAAGAAGGGGCUGAAGUCACAUGGCAAAUAGAUACAUGGCGAGUCGGUGCAGCUGCUCUUCAGGUUACAAGGUCAAUUGGCGAUGACGAUCUCAAGCCAGCAGUGACAGCAUUGCCUGAGAUAAUUGAAACUGAUUUAUCAGCUGAUGACGAGUUCCUGGUCAUGGCUAGUGACGGACUCUGGGAUGUGGUAGGCAACAAGGACGUUCUUUCCAUCAUCAAGGACACAGUGAAAGAGCCUGGAAUGUGCUCCAAGAGGCUGGCUACUGAGGCCGCAGCGCGGGGCAGCAAAGAUAACAUCACUGUUAUCGUUGUCUUCCUUCACUCCGUCUCCACAGCAGAAAGAAUAUACUAGCCACCACCAUUCUACCAAGUGCUCCCUCUGUACCUAAAUAAUUGUAAUUGGAAAAAACUAGUACAGAUGGAGUACAUUCUAUGACCCAUACGCACAUUCAUAUACGGGUACAAAUUAAUCAUGCUGUACUGGACCAGAAGGAACAAAUGAUGUUAAGACCGUGGAAUUUAUUUCUUCCAAGUAUUUUGCAGUUCCAUUGUAAUAAUAUUUGUAUACCGUGCAUACAAGCUAGGGCCUGUUUGGAAUACAUGAUAUACAAAACACAGGAAUUAUCAGCCAAA